UACCCUUUUCUCGCCCGAGAAAAUUCCCCACCCUCCUCUCCUCCUCCUCCCGUGAAACCCUAGCCGCCGCCGCCGCCACACCCCAAAUCCAAAUCCCGCUCGCCCCCGGCCGGAUUUCUCCCGCGAAUCGAAUUUCGCCCUUCGGUUCGCGGUCGGUCCUCGCCGUCCCUCUCUUGAUUCCCGGGAGAACCAUGUCGAGGUGCUUCCCCUUCCCGCCGCCGGGGUACGUCAGGAACCCGGCGGCCGUGGCCGUGCCGGUGCCCGUGGCGGACGCGACCGAUAAGCUCCAGAAAGAAAGGGAAAGGGCUGACAGGAAGAAAGAGAAAAAGAAUGAGAAGAAGGCUCUCAAGCUGGCUGGUGGCGAGCCUUCUAAGCAUUCUAAACGGUCUCACAAGAAGAGAAAGCAUGAAGAGGUUAGCAUUGCUGGCCAGGAGUCCAAAACUGCUUCCAAAGAACUAGUUGAACAGUUGGAGAAGAGUGGGCUCUCGGAAGAGCAUGGAGCUCCGUUCUUUACUCAGACAGUACAUGGCUCUCCAGAGAGUUCCCAGGAUAGCAGUAAGAGAAGAAAGGUUGUGCUCCCAAGUCCAAGUCAAAACAAGAAUGGGACUGUCUUCCGCAUCAAGGUUAAGGGUUACCAGGGACCUCCUUCACCCAUGUUGGACAGUUCAAUGGUUCCUCAGCAACCACCUGUCCAGCAAACACCACCAGGUUCAUCCCUGCUGAGUACACAGAACACAAUCCAGCCUCAGAGGGAAGCGACUGCGAAAUCAGCAGCAGUUCACCGGCAAAGCAUUAAGAGCGAUUCUCAAGGUGUGCUAAAACCGGUGGAUGCUCAACUCCCCGCAAAGGUCUUUCCGAGAGGUAAUCUAUCUAAGGAGCCAAGUGUUCAGAAGGUUGCGCCACUCAGCACCUCUGCAAAGAUUGUGCAGAAGAUUGAUCCCCGACUCGGCUCUUCCUCUGCCAAGGUGAUGAGAAGUGCUGAUCCUUUCCCUGUGCAGCCAACUCAACGAGUUGUUCCUCCACUUGCAAAGGUGUCACAAAGAGUGGAUCUUCCUUCUGCCCAGGUUUUGCAGAGAGUUGAUCUUCCUCCUGCCAAGGUGUUGCAGAGAGCCGAUCUUCCUCCUGCCAAGGUACUGCAAAGAGCUGAUCUUCCUCCUGCCAAGGUGUUGCGGGGAGUUGAUCCCCUUGUAUCAUCGAAGCAGCUUCAGAGAGAUGCCUCCUCUGUGCCGCACAAGGAAAUUGGCGCUACUGCUCUUCACCAGCCAGACAGGCAGCAGCUGCCUGAGAUGCAAAGACCAGAGCUGCCUGUGGUGAAGCAGCAGCAGGCAAACUCCUUGCACAAAGAAGAGCCUUGUUCCUCUGGUAGGAACACUGAAAAGAUGGCAGCACCCGAGGUGAAGCUGUCAAAGUCGGAUCGGAAGAAGAGCCGCAAGUCUGAGAAGAAAGAAAGGAAGUUCGGGGAUCUAUUUGUUACCUGGAAUCCUCCUUCGCUUGAGAUGGAAGAUGCAUGUGGCCUUGGCGACCAGGACUGGCUGCUUGUAGGCACUACGAAACCUGAUGCCCGCAUCGGCGGUUGCGCAGCAAGUGAUGGUUCAUUGCCGGUUCAAUCAGCGGAGCAGUUCUCAUGGCAGCCCAGGGCAAUUCAUUUGCCUGACCUAGAUCUUUACCAGCUUCCAUACGUUGUUCCAUUUUAGUUGUGUGUAGGUUUACUGAGGUAGAUGAGAAGUAGAGGAGAUGUAGGGAGAGAGCUGUGUCGGUGUGGGAUAUCUGUUUCCCGUCCGCAGUUUUCCAGCUUUGUUCCAGAGUUUUUAUUCUUUGAGGACGAUGAGUUUGGCAAGCUCAAAGUGUUGUUUAUGUACUUGGCCUUCUCUUUUCAUGUGAAAGGAACCACAGACGACUUUGUAUUUAA